AUGGAAAACGUAGAGAAACGGCCAGUUCUAAAUUAUGUCCUGCUUUUGGUGCUUUUUAUGCUUCUUUUGAUCGGGAACCUUCAAAGAGCAGUAGAAGAUGAUCCAAACUUUGACCCUGAUAUUCUUAGACUAGACAAUGGAAAGAAUAAGUAUUUUCUGAAUGAUCCGAUUCCAGUAGCUGUAGAAGGCGAAGUUGAUUCUGAAGGCUAUCCAGCUUGGUACAGCCGGUCUAUUGAAGACCUGUUGUUAGAUGCUAGCUCUAUUCAAGAGCUUCUUUCCAACCUCGGAAUAACCCACGAAGAAUCAGCGCGAACAUGCAGGCCACAUCGUCAUAUUGUCUUUCUCAAAAAGCACAAAUGUGCGAGCUCAACUAUCUUUGAAAUCCUCAAUCGAUUCAAGAAGAAGCAUAAACUUUAUGCCGCAUCAAAGCCUCUCGCAUCCUUUGUUGGAGGAUAUCCUGGAAAGUUUAAGCCUGAGUUUGUUGCUCCACCACAGACCGACAAAUACGACAUCAUUUUCAACCAUUUCCGCUGGGAUGAGUCUGCAGUUCGAUCAGUAACGCACGAUGAUACAAUUUUCCUGACCUCGAUUCGCGAGCCUCUUAGUCAUUACAAAUCUGUAUUCGACUUCUUUUACGGAUCGUACAAGAGAGAAAGUGGAAUGGUUGAUCAUGCUUGUAACUUGGCCUGUGAAGGUCAGCCAUUUCUCGCGAUGCUAGGAAAAGCCGGCGAGCAUUUCGAAAAGUACAUGGAUUGUAUACCAGAAUGCUACAACGCUUCACUUCCCUGGAGCUUCCGAGCACGAAACUUUCAGACCUUCGAAAUGGGACUCGAUGCUGGGCCGAACUUCAACUCUGACCUUGAUCAGUUUACAAAGGCGAUGGAUUUCGUCAUGAUAACGGAAAAAUUCGCAGAGAGUAUUCUGGUUAUGCGAAAAUUACUCUGCAUGGACUUCAUGGAUCUCUACGUCCAGCCAAAAAAGUAA